AUGUCAGCAACAACAGCACCAAACUCGUUAGUCAUGAACCCAACUUCUAUGUUAGUAGAGAUGAAAAGCUUCAUUCCUUCUUCAUAUACUUUCGAAACAGAAAUCCAGAAGAUAAAGCAAGAACUUCUCCAAGGAGAUUUAGACUGUAGUGCGAAAGAUGAAACAAAUGAACAGUAUCUUUAUGAAAUGCAGGAUAUUAUUGACCAUCUACCUAAACUUCCUGAAAUACAACAACAAAAGCUCACUAUUCCAGAAUUCGAUGAAAUAGAAGUGAAACCAUCUGACUCAGUUGAAAUAAAGAAGUUCAUACGUAAUGUAAACUAUGAGUUUCUUGGAUUUCAUUACAACCACAAAGACUGCGAUAUGGUAUAUUUCAUUGACAUAUAUAAAUCUGAAGAAUUUAAGACCUACGACAACUUUGUUUC